AUGGAAGCUGCCAAUGAUGGCCAUGCCUCCAAGAAUUCAGGGCAAACAAUGGAGAAAAAAGGCUGUCCAGCUAAAGGAGAACAAGCAAAGUCACCUGAAAAGCAUCAGACAAAGAAAGAAGUAAAUGAACCAAGAUCUGAAGAUGAGCUGAAAAUGGAUGACUCUCCAGUGAUGGGCCUUCUGACAGUAAACAAAUCAACCAGCUCUGUACAGGAGGAAAUUGAAGGCAUUGAAAAGAAAGAAGUUCCCAGUGAGAGCACAAUAAAAAAGGCCAUUCAGAAAAGAGGAGCUUAUUUUAAAGCUAAUUCCGAGGAAAUUACUAUGGCCAGAGUUCGCCGCCUUCUGGAGGAAGAUCUUGAACUUAAUAAAAAUACUCUUGAUCCUUUUAAGAAGCUAAUAACUGAGCAAGUAGAAAAGGCAUUGAGAUCCCUUGAAGCUUCUGAAUCUGUAAGUAGUGUUAAGAAACAAAGUUCUGGGAAAGCUUCUCACACCAAUGCAUCUAAGAAGAUCAGCGCUGAAGGAAGUGCAGAUUCAUUAAAUAGUAAUAGUGAUGAGGACGAUGAGUUAGAAGAUGAAGUCAAAUCAAAAAAGAAAGCUGCUCCAAAAGGAAAAGUAAUGAAUUCUGAAGGGCUCAAGAAACGCAAAAGACCUGCAAAGGAGACUAAGGUGUCCAGCAAGAAGCAAAACAAGCAAGGAGAUAUGACUUCAAAGGAAAAUAGUGAUGGGGAAGAUGGUGGAAAUGUGUCUGAAGAUGGUCAAUCUCAGUCCUCUGCUGACAAACCUGUGAAGCAGAAAGAAUUAUCUACUCCUGCAUAUGGAAUACGUGUGGAGCAGCUAAAAUCAGUUAUCAAAUCUUGUGGGAUGAGUGUUGCUCCUUCAGUGUACAAAAGAGUUAAGCAGGUGCCUGAAGCCAAACGUGAGGCGUUCCUAAUAAAGGAGCUGGAGGGAAUACUCUCAAAAGAAGGAUUAUCUGCAAAUCCUAACGAGAAAGAUGGAUAUACUGGGAAAGAUUUGUGA